UCCUAAUCUGUUGUUAACGUGUACAGGUUGUAGUGGAGCGUCGUCUUUUGGGAGGCUUGCCGUUAGACUCACCAAUGCUCAGUGACAACUUUCUGCUCAAGUGCAUGUACCGUUACGCCAUACUGAUAUUGAUCUUACACAGACCUGAACCACAGACUGCUGCUAAUGACGAGAGUGUUGUGGAUGCGUUUGACGCUUCGGUCAUGUUCUACCAGUUUCUUGUUUGGACUAUCAGGGUUAUCAAACCUUUGAUGCCACAAGAAAUUGAAGCAGAGGCAGAUAUCAGUGUUCUGUUGAUAAAGGAUAUCUUGCGUGCUGCUGCCAACCUUGUAGACCUGAUGUACGCCAAUGAGGAAACAGUCAUGAAAAUAGCAGAACUGAUACAGGGCCUACUUUCAUCAGAGUGUGGUCUGUGGUUCGUGGAGUCCAGCAUGAUUGUGGUGAAGCACUUGAAAGACUACACAGAGGCAAAGUAUGGAGCUGAGGAUAAGGCACAGCUGAUGAAGAAGGUGGUGCCUUCUUUGCUCAGUCAGGCCCUCAGGCUUCUCUCAGUCAAGAAGUAUACUAGGGACCAGAUGGCAGACUACAUCAAGAAUAUAUACGAAGUGAAGACUGCCAUAUAUGAGGUGUUAGUUUGCCUGAAGAGGAUAUAUGGCCCACACUCCACACUGCUGCAGACCGUGCUUAAACUCUUCACGGACGCUUUGGUCGCUAUCAUUGUCCACGAUAUCAAACAUCUGCAACUAUUGGACACAGUGGACAAAGUGCAGGAAUUGCCGUUUGUGUGUGGGUUUUUAAUAUCUAUCGUAGUAAGACCCAACCUUGUCUCCCUGUGGCUGGGGACUGUGCCUUCUUCCAUCUCUCAGCUGUACACAACGGAUGGUAACCUGUUGGUGGCGGUGGUGUCUUUACUUCACACACUUGCACAUUCUCCGGAAUUGUCAUUACCUAAGCAGGAGCUUGGGGCUGCAGUGAGGGAGGCAUACUCUACAGUGACAGGUUACUCACGAGAGUCCACACAGUCCGUCCCUGACCACUCAGAUUCUUCUCUCUCCGUUGACAGUGUGGAUGUGAAGAAGGUUGCGACACCCGUGCUGACGGAGUUAUCUGUGUAUCUCAACUGUUCACUGCGGUGACACAACCAUCUCUGUCGUGUUCGACUGUGUCUCUUAGAUCUCACCAGUGCUCAGAACAUUUCUUAGCCCAGCUUUAAUACUGUUUUUAAAGUCUAUUUUCUGUAUAUAAAAUCUUUUUAUACAUUUUUAAUAACUGCAUAAUAUGCUAAGUUAUUUUGUAAGAAGAGUUUUAUGUAUUUUUGUAUGAAUCAAUAGUUGUAUAUUGUUAGUAUUCUUAGGUUUUAAUAAUAUUUUUAUACAAAAUUAAAUAUAAAACAAUUUGUAUAUUUAAUGUUUUGAGUAUCCCCAUAGGCUAGAACAAACCUCUCCCCUAUUUGAUGUUAAUAUUUCUGUUUGAUAAAUUUGCCUAAAGUCACAGAAUAUUCAUAAAGUUUUCAUUCAAAAACAUUUUUCUACACAUGACCUACGGUCAAACAAGUUUUGGUUUCCAAAAGAGGCUCAAUUAUUAAAUAUUACAUCAUGUACUAGUUGUGGAAUCGAUUUUUGUUGGGAAAAUCAUUUUUAUGUUAAAUUCAUAACCUUUUUGAGAUAUCUACGAG